ACCUUCUUUCCACAUAUGCAUUCAUCAGAGUUAUCUAACUGUGACAACUGUUUCUGCAGAUCAACCCCCUUUUCUUGAACAACAAAGAACCAAAUAUGUACUAGUAGUAUAUAGUAUAAUAUAAUAAUAAUUUAGUAGUACUAAUAAUACAGUAAAAAAAUAAAAAAGAAAAAAGAGGAGCAGUACAUCACACACACUCUCACAAGAUCAACUCAUUUUUCUUUUUUCUUUUUUUUCUACAUUUGAUUUCUCACAUAAAAAUGCAAUCUUUAUGUAUUUUAUGUUCAUGGGGUGACAAAGUUUUCUUUUGAUAAAUGAUCUGUAAAAGUUUUUUUUUGACUGAUGAAGAAAAUGUUGUGACUGAUUUUGACAGUUCUUGGCAUUUUGAGUUCAAAUUCACCAUUCUUGAAUAAAAAUGCAAUCUUUAUGUGUUUUUGUGUUAAUGAGGUGUCAAAGUUUUGUUCUUUUUUUUUUUGAUAAUUGAUCUGUAAAGAUUAUUAUUAUUAUUAUUUUUUUUCAUUUUUUGAGUGUUUGACUGAUGAAGAAAAUGCUAUGACUGAAUUUGAGAUUCUUGGUGUAUUUUUGUUAGAUUUUUUAAGUGUUUUAGUUUAGGAUUUGAGUAAUGGAGUCAAGAAUGGAUCAUUAUGAGAUCAUGGAACAAAUUGGGCGUGGAGCAUUUGGUGCUGCUAUUCUUGUUAAUCAUAAACAAGAAAGAAAGAAGUAUGUGCUCAAGAAGAUUAGAUUAGCUCGACAAACGGAACGUUGCAGGAGAUCUGCUUAUCAAGAGAUGGCACUAAUUGCUCGGCUUCAACACCCAUAUAUUGUUGAGUUCAAGGAAGCAUGGGUAGAAAAGGGCUGCUAUGUUUGCAUUGUUACCGGCUAUUGUGAAGGUGGUGAUAUGGCUGAACUGAUGAAAAAAGCAAAUGGACAGUAUUUUCCGGAAGAGAAACUUCUGAAGUGGUUCACUCAAAUUUUGUUGGCAGUGGAAUAUCUGCAUUCAAAUUUUGUAUUGCACCGUGACCUUAAAUGCUCAAACAUCUUUCUGACCAAGGAACAUGCCGUUCGCCUUGGGGAUUUUGGCCUUGCGAAAACAUUGCAGGCUGAUGACUUGGCUUCUUCAGUAGUUGGAACUCCCAAUUACAUGUGCCCUGAACUUCUUACGGAUAUUCCAUAUGGUUUUAAAUCAGAUAUUUGGUCCCUAGGCUGCUGUAUGUAUGAAAUGGCUGCUCAUCGCCCUGCAUUUAAAGCAUUUGACAUGGCAGGACUGAUAAGCAAAAUAAACAGAUCAUGCAUUGGCCCAUUGCCAUCUUGUUAUUCUCCGUCCUUGAAAACAGUUAUUAGAGGAAUGCUGAGGAAGAGCCCCGAGCAUCGGCCUACUGCAACGGAACUCCUGAAGCACCCAUAUUUGCAGCCUUAUGUGGAUCAGUACCGACCAUCCUUUAGUCCUCCUCCGUCAAUUUCUCCUGAAAAAUCCCUCACUGCUGAUCGUAACUCCAAAAAUAAUAUGGCAGAAAGCCAAAGCAGUACCAGUUCCUGCAGUGAUAAAGAUAGUCUGAAGUCGAGCGAGAAGAACUUGCAGGAAAUGGCUUGCAGUGAUGAUCAUAAAGGCAGCAAUGCAGAUGUUGCCUUUGUUGAUAAUGAAGACUUUGAGCAACAUUAUUCUAGCGAGGAAUAUCAUGGAGCCGAUGCGUAUCCUGAAGAUGCCGAAGACUACAACUCUAGGACUAUUUUACAUGAAGAGAAAAAAUGUGACACAGAAGCUAAGCAACCGAAAACUAUAAAAAAUAUUAUGUUGGCUUUGAAAGAGGGAAAAACGAGAGAACAUAGUUCUCCAAUGAGAGGCUGCAAGGCAAAGGUUGGUGGUACUGGUGCAAACAAAGCCAAAACUGAAGCACCACCGAAAGUCCUAAAACCAAGUUCACCUACUCCUACCUCUAAAUCUAAUGCACAGACACCGCCUCCCACAUCAGCAAAGGUUGGAUUUGAUUCCACAAAGCAGAUUCAAGGAAUGCAUACUUUGAAACAUCAGUUUCCUGCCACUGAGUGCACACCAAAGACUAAACCAAGAAAUGAGGGGAUCUCUCCGUCUGGCACUACAAGACAAGUUGCCGAUGAUACGUUACCUACGAGGCCAAGACAGAGAACACCUCCCAAACUCACUAAGCAACCGUCAUUUUCUGGAAGGCUACAGCCAGUGUGUCAUGAUGCCUUGAAUACAGUUAAAGAUGAUGUAGAGUGUGGUCCAAAUGACCAGUCACGUGACCCCGAAAGGAUUCCUAAUUCUUUUACUGAUGGUAGUGAUAUACGUGCCACCAAGAAAGGCCCCGAAAGGAUCCCUAAUUCUUCUCCUGACGGUUGUCACAUGCAUGCUACAAAGAACAGCAUGCUACAUUCUCGAAAGACUUCAUCAGGAAUCUCAAAAGGAAUACAAACAGAGAGCAGCAAUUCUGCUUCUUCUUCAGUGUCAAUCCAAGGAUUUGAACUUUGUGAUGAUGCAACAAAUCAUUUUAUUAACUUGACCGAACAAAUGGUUGGAAGUCCUGAACAAGCAAGUGAAACCGAAACCGUAGGGUCAAUACCUUCCUGUUCAGUUACUACAUCAUCACACUCAGAUAAUGCUUAUAGUUCAAGGGGAAACCAUGAAGAUAACCAGAGAUCAGAAGCAGGCUCCAUUGAAAAGUUUGAGGAGCAUCAUCAAAGUUUAGAUGUUGGUACUUGUGAAGAGAGAUCAAAUUCAUAUGGAGCUAUAGAUACUGCCUCUCCGCGCUUGAUAGAGACUGCUCUUUGUGAGGGUGAUUCCACAACCAACAAGCAUGAUCAUCAAAGUUUAGAUGUUGGUACUUGCGAAGAGAGAUCAAAUUCGGAUGUAGCUAUAGAUACUGCCUCUCCGCGAUUGAUAGAGACUGCUCUUUGUGAGGGAGAUUCCACAACCAGCAAGCAUGAUACUACGACUGAUAUUUUGCAUUUGUCUAACCCCAGUUUAACAUCCUGUGGUGACGAGAAGUCUAUGGCAAAGUUGUCAUCUUCCACAACAAAAAGUGUCUCUCCCGCUGCUCCACUCGUUUCCUCAAGCCAAAACAAUCUGCUCCACUCCAACCUUACUUCAAAUGCCAAUGGUGACUACAAGGUUUUGACCAAGGAACUCUUUCCCUCUACAACUGAAAGUGCCUCCCCUUCCACCUCUCCUAUUUCAGCCAGCCAAAACAAUUUGUUUCCGGACAAGGGAAGUGUUCCACCACAGAAUGUGGUUCUUGAAAAGGCAGCUUCUCCUCAGCUCAAACCAGCUUUUGAUGAUAUCAUACAUGUCAUAAGGCACAGUAGUUUCCGAGUGGGUAUUGAGCAACCAGUGAUUGACACUGUGGAGAGAAAUGUUGAUGUUGGGAAACUUAUGAAUGUGGUAAGAGAUGAGAUUGAUAGAAAUAUAGCUUCUCCUGUUGCUCUCAAAUCAUCUACUUCUGGACCGGUGAGUGUUAAAUCCAAUAUAGCCGAUAGUGUCCAUAAUAAGGAAAUGGAUGUAAGAAACCAGGGCAGUUCCACCUCUUCUCGACCAAGAUUAGAUUCUUCGGAACCAGCAAAGACCAGCGCAACAUCUGAGGAGCACGAACGACCAGUGAAGGAAACAUUAGAUGUCAAAUCUUUUAGGCAGAGAGCAGAGGCACUUGAAGGGCUGUUGGAAUUAUCGGCUGAUUUGCUGGAGCACAACAGAUUAGAAGAGCUGUCUGUUGUUCUUAAACCAUUCGGGAAGGACAAGGUGUCGCCAAGGGAGACAGCUAUCUGGUUGGCUAAGAGUCUGAAAGGAAUGUUGCUUGAAGAUUCUUCGCGAAAUUCAUGAUCCAUUAUGCAGAUGGCAUGUCCAUUAUGUUUUUGCCUUCGACUAGUAUUUUAGCAAUUCUUUCUUUCUACUAGUAACUGUAAAUAGAGAGCACACUAAUUUGAAGGAUUUUAAGGAUGUCUCCUAACAUUACCUUUUACUUGCUUUUAUCGCUAUUUUGAUAUGUUGUAUUCUGCUAUUUUGUUGAUUCAUAAACUUUCAAGUCACUUCUAAUGUAUUACAUAUUUACUUGUA